ACUUCAGCCUCAUCCCGCUGAGCCACAUCUACUGCCGAGACCGAGCCGAGACACAUAUACAUAAACACACACACACACACACACACACACACACACUUUCUAGUUCCUCCGACAUGGCCUUCUUUUAGCAUCCCAGUAAUCGACUAAGGAAAGUGACGAAACCGGAGGAGAUUCUCAAAGACGUCAUUCAGCAACAUAUUAAGAGUAUUAAAAAUCAGUGAGAUUAACAUCUGAAAACGACCGAAAGCGAGAAAACGAGUGCGACCCGAGAUUUCUUUACAAAACGCACAGCAGGCUUCUGAGCAGGAAUAAUGAGGAACAGCUGGAUGUCGCUCGCUCUUUCGGCACUCUGUCUUCUGGGAAAAGGGGUCUUUGUGACAGGUCAGCAGAUGCCAGUCGAUGACCUCUACCUGGAUGAGCAGUCUGGUGAUGAUGAAAUCACCUCUGGCUCAGGGUCAGGUUUUGUUGAAAGUGAUGAUGAGGAUGUGCAGACAAUGGAAAAAACACAGAACAUAAAGCCUACACAGUAUUUCAUCCAGACAACGAGCCUAGGUCCGGAGAUCACCUCAUUUAAUGUGCCAGACACACAGCUGGCCUCCACAGAUGCAGGACAGCAGGUCACAGAGACGGAGAAAUCCCAGGGUAAUGACUUAGCCACCACCCUAAGCAGCUUUCAAGAUGUGAGACAGGUUUCUGACAAGGAAACUGUUGUGCAAUCUGAAAACCUGUUCCAGAGGACUGAAGUGCUGGCAGCUGUUAUAGCUGGUGGCGUGAUUGGUUUCCUGUUUGCAAUCUUCCUUAUUCUCUUGUUGGUGUACCGCAUGAGGAAGAAGGAUGAGGGCAGCUAUGAUCUGCAAGAGCGCAAACUACAGAGUACAGCUUAUCAGAAAGCUCCAACCAAGGAGUACUAUGCCUAAAUGAGCGAUUACACUCAACAUUAACUACCAUAUGACAAACAUUUCUUCAGCCAUUAAAAGCAAAAGCUGGAAUUUUAAAAGACCAAGGAGGUUUUUAUUGGGAACCUAUUUAAUAACAAAGAUGCAGUAUUUUGCUUCAUAAAGCCAAUCAGAUGUUAUGUUUUUAUUAUGGAUACUGACUUAUUUCUCAUGUGGUUUUUAAAAAUUGUUGGAGAAAAUAUUGUAAUAUAAAACAAUACCAUGUAAUGAUUUGUUUUCAGCCACAGAUUACUUUGUGACUAUAGAGAUACAUGUGUCUUUUUUAAAUAUACAAAAGGUCUGAAUUCUGGAUUGUAAAUGUACUUCAUUCUUUGUACUAUAAUGAUUACCCUGAUCAUAAUGCAGUAUCUCCAUAUUGAUGUCAGUAUCUCGUUCUUAAUUUAGGUACAACAGAAAGUGUUGAUUUUUAUAAAACAUUCUCUCUUUUAAACGGUUCUCUCUGGGCUUGUAAAUGUUUAAGUGCUGUUAACACAAAUUUGUAUAUUUUGUCAAUUCAGUAUCAAAGUAUCAAUUUUGAAAUUGUCUUAUUUGCUCCGAAUUAUUUUAUAAAAUCCAGCCAAGAACAAAUCUUAACACACACACACACACACACUGUCUCUGUCUCUCUCUGUCUGUCUGUCUGUCUCUCUCUCUCUCUCUCUCUCUCUCUCUCUCUCUCUCUCUCUCUCUCUCUCUCUCUCAUUGUUACGGCAGGUAAAGUAACCUCACUGUAAAUGUCAUUACUAUUUUGUCCUUUAUUCCCUCUGUUUUUCAAGCCCAAAAUGUUUUUUUUUUUUUUUUUUUUUUUAUUUUAAUCCAUGACAAUUGAAUUUCCUCAUUAAACAGUUUGAGUCUUCAAAUUUUUCCCAAAUUCAGUACUGCAACUUUAGAAGGUAGAAAUUAUGGCAUUACCACCAUUAGCUUAAAGAAAUAUGAGUUAUUUGCACUAAACAACUUCUUAUAUUAAACUGAUUGCAUCAAGCACAUUUAAUACUGUCUACAUAGUUAUGAAACUACAUAGUUUUUGUCAAUAAACUGAGGCAGAACCAGCAGUCAACGAGUGCAUAAAUGUUCAUUAAUGAGCCCAAAAAUUUCAAUUUCCAUGGUCAUCAAAGCUAUAUGUUUAGGAGCCUGGAAACAUUUCACUUCUUAAAAUAUGUCUGCAGAGCAAACCACAGAUUAUUCUUCAGUCUGAUGUCUGUAUUUUUGUAAGAGUUGGUUGUUUACAUGCUUUGGUCAGAUCUGGUCACGAAAGUUGAUAUUGCAGCCUAUGAAAUGCAUUAAAUAUUAAUGCAUCUGUGGGAACUCAGAUUGUUUAACGAUAAAAAUUCCAUUGUAUUAGAAUUAUUAAGCAGAUAGCAUCAAUGUGUUAUCCAAAAUUAUUGAGUGAUGACCAAAAAAAGGAUGCUGAGUGAUUCAUGACAUAUGGAGAUUCCAAGCACAAGUGCACUUCAUUGACAUGUUUUGGAUUUUUACACAUACUGUGUUUGCUGAUGAUAUUUUAUACAUUACCAAAUGUUAAACUCAUGAUUGUUGUUAAGCAUUAAUAACUGUCCAAAGCCUGUCCUGAUUAUUGUCAUGAUGACACUAUUACAUACUCAACUUAUUUUUACCUUUUCUGUUUCCUGUUUCCUGUUUGCUUAAUUUCCUUUAAGGAUGUGACCGUUAGAGUCAAUGAUUUAUUUGUAUUAUGUUAAUAAAUAAUAAUUUAUAGAAUAUAACUAUUUAUAUACAACAUAUUAAAUGUAAUAUGUUAAAUAAAAAAACAACAAUCUAGCUAAAUGUAUAUUCACAUUUAAAUGCCUUGAAGUGCCUACUGUUUUGAAAGAUUUUAGAAACAUUUUGGGGCAUUUGAAGACAUUUGUACAACAGAAUAAAAGAUGGAGUUUCAUCAGCAUGGCUGAUAAUGGAAUGGUUAUGGAGUUAUAAAAUCAGUGUUGUAAUAAAAGCUAUUGAAUAAACAA